AUGAAGAUUUGGGACACCAGAUAUGCUAAACUGUGUGACUACCUGGUGAAAAAGAAGCGCUGCUACAUGCAGAGGUUCCAUAAAGCUCGGCUAUAUCAUGACAUGUGUCCAAACAAGCAGCCAGAACAUAUCCAGAAUUUAAAGUGUUUUAAUGAACAGUUACGGGAACUCAUUGACAGUGAGAAGGAAAGGGCUAAACACCAGCCAGAACAAUUUGAACCAAUAAAGCCAGCGCUGUCACCCUUCCACCAAAGCAGUUCAAUAGCCACAGUCAGAACCAGUAUUAAAGAUUCACAGCAGAUAGAGAAUGAGAUGAUAGACAGCAGUGAAGAUUGUAAGCCAGAUGCUACCAAGCUAGCUUACUAUGGGUACAAAGAGCCAUAUACAGAAGAUAGCAGUGGAUCACAGAAAGAAGAAUACCCAUGUGCCUCUUUAACUACCUCCCCAUGUGCCUCUAUCGUUACCUCUCCUCACACCUCUAUAGUUACCUCCCCACAUGCCUCUAUAUUUACCUCCCCUUACACUUCUAUAGUUACCUCCCCAUAUGCUUCUAAAAUCACCUCCCCUCACACCUCUGUAGUUGCCACUCCACCUCGGCAGAAGAGAAAACUACAUGAGUCAGGCAGCUCCGGAACACUAAAACUUGUGCUGAAGCGACGGACGACUGACAACUUUAUGGUGAAGAAAUCACCAGCAGACAUGUAUGAAGACCUGAAAUCAGAUGUACAUUUAGCGAAGAGUGAGAGUGAAUCUGAGUCUGAUUCUCAAAUUGCUGAUGCAGCUCGUACCUAUCCACUCAUUAUCCGCCGAAGAACAUUGUCGAUGUCUUCGAGACAGACUUCAUCCAGUGAUAUUAGUUCAUGUAGUUCUCCAGCAAAUAAAACUCAGGAUCAUUCAUCGGUGGGAGAGAAUUCAGAUGAAGAAAUAGAUGAAAAUAACGAUGAGGAUGAUGAGUCAUCAGAUGAGGGAGAAGAAAUUGAGAAGAGUUCCAUUGAUGAUAAAGAAAUUGUAGAACAGUUUAUAGGAAGUAAAGAAUGCUCAAGUAAAAAAUAUUGUGUUUCUGGCAGAGACGACCUGCAAAAUAAUCAGUUAGGUAAUGUUGCUUCGUGCAAAUUAAGUUCUGAUGUAUUCAUGGAGAAUGAUGAGAUUCUAGACAGUGUUGAAGCUCUUAACCACUAUAACAUCACCAUUGAUCAAUUCUCUGCUGGUCGAGUAGUUAGACCUUCCAAAGACAGUGGUGCAAGUCUUGAUAGUCCUCACAGUGGUAAGAAUUCUAGUGCUUCAGUGACAUCAGAGGAUGUGUUUCAUUCCAAUUUAUCGUCAUAUCCCCAUGUGGACUCGCCUCAUGCCAAAGAUCAUCUGAGCUAUAGUGUUUAUUCUGAUGGCAACAGAACUGGUCAUUCAACUGUAAGUUUACAGACUUCUGUGGCUGGUGUUCCAGGGCUGUUUGGGCAAAGCUGUCGGACAUCCCCGUGCUCCCGAGAUGAAGAGUAUAUGUCAGAGAGUUCCUUGAGCGGCAUUCAGAAAGAGACAUCUACGAAAGGGCCUCUGAGCUCUUCUCUCUUUAUUACACCUAACAAAAACCUGUUAAAAACUGAUGCCAUGUUUAACUCCGAUGAUGACGACGAUGAUGCUGACGAUCAGUUAAGUGGUGAUCGACGGAUUGGGUCCGCGUUUAAGAUUGAUAAUAAAGACCCUCAGAGUAACAUGAUCAAUGACUCAGUGAGAUCUGCCAUAAACAGUGUGCUAGAUGGCGAUGAUGAUGAUGAUGAUGAUGAUGAUGAUGAAGAUGAUAUAGACAACAAAGACUUACAAAACAAUUGGGCUUCUUCUGCAAAUAGAUUGCCUGUAUCCUCAUCAUCUUCAUCCAUUCAUAAUUUGUUCCAUUCAUCACUAUCAUCCUCGCGUGCACAUAGCCAUGACGCUGAUCUUGAUGCAGCUGUACAGAGCAUUCUCAAUAGUUGA